GCGCACAUCUUGCCCAGAGGCACAGCGGGGCCUGCAGUCGUUGCUACCACGCUGCGCCCUUGACAGAUAAAGACGCAGAGAAUCCUCAGUGCGCUAGGCGCCACACUUCAGCACCCGCCCUUGGGAGCUGACAUUACCGAAAGGCGGGGGUCACCAGGGCGGAGAGAAACCCCGGCAGGAAACGCGGACGCCAAACGCUUCCCAGCAGGCUGUGCGCGCCUAUAACUCCCAGCAUGCUCCAGCGGGGACUGCUCGGCUCCUCACUGGAAGGCGUCAGUUCAACUGCCAUUGUGUUCACACCUUUGAAACGCGUCGCUGUAUCUACGGCAGUUUCGGGACUCUUCAGUCUCUUGAGCAAAGCGGUCGACUUGGAGGAGGCGUGGCUUCGGGAACGGAAGAACGUCCGGUUGCCAGGGGAACGCCACGCGCUAGGAGAGUGCCCAGCCACUGAUGCUCCUGCUGACACCCAGGCUACCAGUUCACCCAACUUGUAGAGGCGGCUUUGCUCCGGACCAGGGAUCCUUCCUAUGGAUGCAUAGAGAGGAAGGCUGAGAGACGCCAGCACAGAUUCCCAGCCCAGAGACGAACGCGAGCGAGUGAGUCCGUUGCUCUUCCUCACCAGCUCCUAAGCCUGCAGAACUAACGUCAAAGACCAGCUGGUUUGUAAAUACUUGAGUCACAUUAUGGGAUUGCUAGACAGACUUUCAGGCUUGCUUGGCUUGAAGAAGAAGGAAGUUCAUGUUUUGUGCCUUGGCCUGGAUAAUAGUGGCAAAACAACAAUCAUUAACAAACUUAAACCCUCAAAUGCUCAGUCACAAGAUAUAGUUCCAACAAUAGGAUUCAGCAUAGAGAAAUUCAAAUCGUCCAGUUUGUCUUUUACAGUAUUUGACAUGUCCGGUCAAGGAAGGUACAGAAAUCUCUGGGAACACUAUUAUAAAGACGGACAAGCCAUUAUUUUUGUUAUUGAUAGCAGUGAUAGAUUAAGAAUGGUUGUGGCCAAAGAAGAACUUGAUACUCUUCUGAAUCAUCCAGAUAUUAAGCACCGCCGAAUACCAAUCUUAUUCUUUGCAAACAAGAUGGAUCUUAGAGAUGCAGUGACAUCUGUAAAAGUGUCUCAGUUGCUGUGUUUAGAGAACAUCAAAGAUAAACCAUGGCAUAUUUGUGCUAGUGAUGCCAUAAAAGGAGAAGGAUUGCAAGAAGGUGUAGACUGGCUUCAAGAUCAGAUCCAGGCUGUGAAGACAUGAAAAGAUAGUAUUUGGAUAUCUCAACAGUUUUCAGUUCAAGAAAUGUAUCUUAA